CUCAAACUACUUGUCGAUCAGAUAACAAUCCUCGAUACAAUGAGUCCAUUGGACUUCGUCGAUUUCAGAAAAUACCUCACACCUGCAUCCGGCUUCCAGUCAUUACAGUUCAGACUCUUGGAGAAUAAAAUGGGAGUUCGACUGGAUAGAAGGAUCAAGUACAAUGCACAACAUUACAAAAAUGUGUUCCUGAAAAAAGACGAAGUGCAGGCCGUAGAAGAAAGUGAGCAUGAACCUUCUUUAUUGAUGCUUAUCCAGAACUGGCUGGAAAGAACGCCAGGACUCAAAGAAACUGUCAUAGACGGUGUAGUAGACGAAGGCUUCUGGACGAAGUAUGAACGUGCAGUAGAGAAAUACUUGAGCGAUUCAUAUGAGGAGGCUAUGGUAAGUGCGAAGAUUACGAGAGAAAACCUUCCUCAAAAUGUUCAUGAUCAACUUCUGGCUGAAUACUAUAAAACAAAAGAUUCGUUCGCAACAAUCCUUGACCCAAAACAACAUGCACAG